AUGUCUUCUUCAGCGACUUACCACCUUCUCAAUCAAGCAGAGUCCUCAGACUUGUCGAGAUCACCGGCUCAACAGACAAUCACCAUGGGAAAGAAACUCGGGCUCUUCAGAGCUUGCUAUGUCGUCGGGCUUUGUUGUAUUGGAUCGUUCCUGUUCGCGUACGAUACCGGGAUUGUGGGCGGAGUCUUGACUCUUCCUUCUUUCCAGAAGGACUUCCGCUAUUCGAAGAAGGAUAAGACACAGGUCAAUUCAAACUGUGUUUCGAUACUUCAAGCUGGAGCCUUUUUCGGCUGUUUCGGCAUCUGGCCCUUGACAUCAUGGUUGGGUCGAAGGAUGGGCUUCAUCAUUGCCUCCGUCGUCUUCUGUAUUGGUACGAUCAUGCAGGUCGUCAACAGUCAUUCCCUCGGACUCUUUUAUGCCGGCCGAGUCAUUGCAGGCUUGGGCACGGGAGCUGCAACUGUGCUCGUCCCCAUGUUUUCCGCAGAGAUGGCACCAAAGGAGAUUCGAGGAAAGCUUGGUUCUUGUUUUCAACUCUUCUUCGCCACUGGUGUCUGUAUCAGCUACUGGGUGGAUUACGCUGCCAGCUCCGGCUUGUCAGAUGCUUCUGCUACGCAAUGGCAAGUCCCUGUUGGACUCCAGCUCGUCCCAGGUGCCCUUCUUGGCAUGGGUAUGCUACUCGUCAAAGAAUCUACUAGGUGGCUGGCUAAGAAUGGCCGCAAUGAGGAAGCAUACGCUUCGCUUCUUUGGGUUCGAGGAGGAGUUGACAGUCCCGAAAUCAGGGCCGAGUUCUCAGAAAUCCUCGCCGGUGUCCAACUCGAGAUCCAGCAAUCUGAAGGUCUCACCUGGAAGGAAGUUCUUCUGCCGUCAAACAGAUACAGGAUGGCCAUCGCUGUUACAAUCCAGCUUGCAGCACAACUGACUGGCAAUACAUCUCUGGCGUAUUAUGCGCCUCAGAUUUUCGCCACUAUUGGUGCAGGUAACAAGACACUCUUCAUCACUGGCUUCUUUGGUCUGGUCAAGAUGGCCGGUGUGGCGAUAUUCAUCAUCUUCUUCGUCGAGACCAUCGGUCGACGUAUUCCAUUUAUGGCUGGAGCUUUUGCAAUGGGAAGUUUCAUGCUUAUCAUUGCUCUGAUCGUUGAUACUCAUCCACCCGAGGACUCUGCCAAUGGGAUUACCUCUGCUGGAGCUGCGGGUAUUGCCAUGGUCUAUCUCGAAGCGUUUUCUUUUAAUAUGUCGUGGGGUCCGCUUCCCUGGCUAUACAUUGGCGAAAUCUUCCCGAACCGCAUCCGCGAGAUCGGCAUCGCGACUGGUGCAGCAAGUCAAUGGCUGUUCAAUUUUGUCAUGAGCCAGAUUACGCCGCAUGCUAUUGCCAACAUUGGCUGGAGGACAUUUCUCAUGUUUGCUAUUUUCAACUACGCCAUCAUUGUCUACAGCUGGUUCUUCUUGAAAGAAACCACCGGCAAGAGUUUGGAGGAGAUGGAAAUCGUCUUUGGCACCGUCGAUAGACUACCUGGCAAAGAUGAUGAGGAAGUCGAGGCGCAGGUUGGGCACGAGCAAUAUGAAUCUCGACAAGGACAUGAAACCGCAAAAUGA